GAACGGUGAUAUAGGAACAACAUUUUUGUAUUAUUUUUUUAUACAACUUCCAUAGUUAUUAAAUGAGUAGAUGUCCGCGUGUUUCUCUUCUUCUUCUUCUCCCCUGCACCGAACAAGAGCCCCAGCCACCACCGACGCCCCCACUUGAGAGAAACCGAAUUUCCAGAUCUGUUCUGCUCUGCGUCUUCCUCCCUUGCUGUCCGCGAAUUUCUGCUGGGUGUGCAUCCUUCGACUUUUUUCUGAUUUCCCAAAAUUCCCCUGCACUUCCCGCCGGCCUCACCCAACCUCCAGCUUCGGUUCUUGCUGGAAAAAUUGUGGUUCUUGAUCCUUGGGGCACUUUAGUGCGUGGCUUGAGUCUCCGGUAUUACAUGAUUGAGGUAAGUAAAUUAUGGUAAGGCCCUUCGAUUUUAAAAGUGUAUUUUAACUUGUUUUUGAAGUGGUGGCAAGACUAAACGCGUUUUACACAAGUAUGAUUGAUUUGAAAUGAAAUUAUUAUUCUUUUUAUUGAUUUGAGCAUGCCUGCUUGGAGUUUAUUUAACUGCCCUGAUGAUCUGGAAAUUAUCUGUAAAGUAUGAUUUUCUGUUAACUUCUGCCUAUUUUGUUUCCGAUAUGGUCAUGUUAUUCAUGUGCCCGCUAGUGGGAGGUUUAUAAACGCUAGCACAUGUCGACAUGUUACUGAUAGAACCGGUUCAUUUCUGUUAUCCUGCUAGUGGGAUUAUACACUAGUAAAUCGUGUGCCUGCCAGUGGGAGGUUUAUAACACUGGCCAUGACCUAUAAAGGAGACGUCUAUUUCAUUCCCGUACUGUAUCCAUUUUUCUGAUUAUACUGGUUGGCAUGCUAUAAGUUUAAUAAGAGGCACUCCAUAUUUACUUACUGAGUUUAUCUCAUAGUUUUUCUUUGUCCACCAUUUCAGGAAUCGAAACCAAGGACGGGGAAACUACAGGAAGUGACGAGUUAGAAGGCUAGCCAUUUCGAGAUUGAUAUAGAUUUUAGAAAUAAAUCAUGCUUUUGUAGGAUAGAUUUUACCUUAAUUUAUGAGAUCAAAAUAGAUUUCGGUCAUUAGAUCAAUUAUUUGGAUUUAAGUCAUUUUGGAUAUAGAAAUAAAUUGAAAUAUUUGAU